ACGUCACAUUAACGGAGGGGCUAGCCGUCUGCGGACUGUUGUUGUUCCUCUCUGUUAGCAGCUAAAGGCUAACAGCUAACACUAGGAGAUGACUCGGUGCUAGUCUUUAACUCGGUUACCUUGGUCUGUUUGUUAGCUCGCGUCAGCUCUGUUUGACCCGGGUUAGCUCCGUUUAACCCGGGUUAGCGGUGGAAGGAUGAGGACCGUGUCAGGACAGUUGCUUAGCAUCGUUAGCAUGUCGGGGCUAGUACCGUUAUAUCUGUUAGCUGUUAGCUUUAUUCUCCAAUGAUUAGCCUGGUAGCUAGAGACUGAUUAGUUCCCUGUUAGUCCUCUAGUUUGUUUAUAUCUAUGUUGAAGCUGAUUAACAAUGAAAAUGUCUGAUUUAAGGAUCAACACUGCCAGCUAACAGCUAGCGAACACUAGCUGUUAGCAUCCUGGCUCUUUGUUUCCAUCAGGGGAGCUGUUAGCUUGCACUGGUAGCUCUGUUAGCAGCGCUGGUACACUGAUAGAUGAUUAACGGACUGUAGGGAGUUUCUGGGUCUAAUGCUAAGCUUACAAAUCUGACUGUACUGGUGUGAGUGUAUCUCCUGCUUAGCUAACAGCUAGCUGUAGUAUUGUUAGUGUUGUAGCAGCUCAAAAAGGUGAUAUGCAGCAGUCAUCUGACCCAGGUGUGCUAUGAUCUUCAUCAUCUUCAUCAUCAUGGCGCUAAGGUCACCUGUCAUCUACCUGGUCCUCCUGUCAGGAUACCUUGCUGCGUCUCAGAGGAAUGACAACGUGUAUGUGUCAGGGAUUUCUAAUGCCUGUGGUGAGGGGGCGGAGCUUCUCAGAGCAUCUAGUGGUGUCAUCACAAGCCCCGGCUGGCCCUUCCAGUACCCAUCCAGACUGAACUGUAGUUGGAACAUCAGAGCCCGACCUGGGGACACCAUCACCAUCAGUUUCCAGGACUUUGAACUGCAGGGUUCCCAUCGCUGCUCAGCAGACUGGAUGUCCAUCAGCAGCUACAGGAGCCUGGAUGGUUUGAGGGUCUGUGGUUCCUCCCUGCCGCCCCCCUACAUCUCCACCCAGGACCAUGUGUGGAUCCACUUCCACUCUGACGACAACCUGACGGGGAAAGGCUUCAGACUGUCCUACAUCAGUGGGAAGGCUGAGGCGUCCAGCUGUGAGGUGGAUCAGUUCCACUGUUCUAAUGGGAAGUGUGUUCCUGAUUGGUGGCGCUGUAACUCCAUGGAUGAGUGUGGGGAUAACUCUGAUGAGGAGCUCUGUGUGGACUCUCCCUUCUCCUUCCAGCCCUGCAGUCUGAACCAGUUCCCCUGCCUAUCCCGCUACACCCGGAUCUACACCUGCCUGCCUCACAGCCUGCGCUGUGAUGGCAGCAUCGACUGCCAGGACCUGGGUGAUGAGAUAGACUGUGACGUUCCAACCUGUGGAGAACUGUUGAGGAACUUCUACGGCUCUUUCAGCUCUCCUAACUACCCGGACUUUUACCCCCCGGGGAGUAACUGUACCUGGCUGAUCGACACCGGAGACCACAGGAAGGUCAUCCUGAGAUUCACAGACUUUAAACUCGAUGGGACGGGUUAUGGUGACUAUGUGAAGGUGUACGACGGCCUGGAGGAGAACCCCCGCCGCCUCCUCAGGGUGCUGACUGCCUUCGACUCCAGGGCGCCGGUCGCUGUGGUGUCAUCAUCGGGUCAGCUCCGAGUUCACUUCUACGCUGAUAAGAUUAACGCCGCCAGGGGCUUCAAUGUCACCUACCAGGUGGACGGGUUCUGCCUGCCCUGGGAGGUUCCGUGUGGGGGGAACUGGGGCUGUUACACAGAGCAGCAGCGCUGUGACGGGUACUGGCACUGCCCCAACGGCCGUGACGAGCUCAACUGUUCAUCUUGUCAGGAGGACGAGUUCCCCUGUUCUAGAAACGGAGCCUGUUACCCUCGAUCGGACCGCUGCAACUACCAGAACCGCUGCCCUAAUGGUUCUGAUGAGAAGAACUGCUUCUUCUGCCAGCCCGGGAACUUCCACUGCAAGAACAACCGCUGUGUGUUUGAGUCGUGGGUGUGCGAUGCUCAGGACGACUGCGGCGAUGGCAGUGAUGAGGAGAGCUGUCCCGUCAUCGUUCCCACCAGGGUCAUCACGGCUGCCGUCAUUGGUAGUCUCAUCUGUGGCCUCUUAUUGGUCAUUGCCCUUGGCUGUACCUGCAAGCUGUACUCACUACGCAUGUUUGAACGCAGGUCAUUUGAGACUCAGCUGUCCCGUGUGGAGGCGGAGCUACUGAGGAGGGAAGCCCCACCCUCUUAUGGUCAGCUGAUCGCCCAGGGACUGAUCCCUCCCGUGGAGGAUUUCCCAGUGUGCUCCGGGAGUCAGGCCUCCGUCUUGGAGAACCUCCGCCUGGCGGUCCGCUCUCAGCUCGGCUUCACCUCGCUCAGACUUCCCUCCUCUGGUCGUCACAGUAACCUUUGGCGGCGUCUCUUCACGUUCUCGCGGUCGCGGCGCUCCGGCUCUCUGGCCCUGGUGUCAGCCGACCUAGAGGACAGCGCCGGUACUGGGAGCACUGGGAGUUCUGGUUCAGACCUGCUGUCCCCAGACUCUGACGACACAGACACGGAGGGCGAGCGAGGGAGGGAGCGAGGGGUCGGCGCCGUGGGCGGGCCUGUGGCCCCUCUACCAAACAAAACUCCGCCCUCCUCUGCCGUGGAGGCGGUGCUGUCGGUCACGACCUCGGCGACCCCUGUGACACCGACGCGGGGCCGCGACAGAGUCAGAGACCGGGCCAGAGAAGUCCCGCCGCCCUCCAGCCCUGUUCCCAUGGUAACAGCCAGUCCUGAUCCUGAGUGUCACAGCGAGGCAGAGCUCCAGGCCCCACCCACUUCAGCUCUGCAGCGAUUGGCCCAGAACCUUCACCGAUUGGCCAGGAACCUGACCAGAACAAACCCUGUCCAGGAGGACCAGCCAUGGACCAAUCACAGCCCCCUCCACCAGCUGGAGACAGGAAGGGGUGGGGCCGAAGGAGCAGAGCGAAGAGCCAGCAGAGAAGAAGAAGAAGACGUGGAGCUGCUGAUCCCCGCCUCUGACUCCUCCCCCUCCUCCUCCUCUUCCUCAUUGGUCAGUGACGUCAGGCAGCCGCUGCUAGAUCACCACCGCCAUCACCACGGAAACAGUAUUCGGGGGCGGGACGGCCCAUGUGAACACUGCGGGAUGGUCCACACAGCUCAGAUCCCGGAUGCCUGUCUGGACGCCCGGGGCCGCACGGAAAGCAGCGAUGACGAGCUGCUGCUGCUGUGCUAGAGGGCGGGGCCAAGACCUAACAUGCUAACAUGCUAACGGAGAUAUCACUGAGGAUAGUGUCAGCCAUUAGCUCCGCCUCCUUACCUCAUUCCAAUCAUCUGAUUGGUUAUUUUUAGCAAUGUGCAUCAUCAGAUUUUAAAUUGAGCGAGAGAGAGAGAGAGAGAGAGAGAGAGAGACCGUCUGAUUGGACGAAAACACAGAGAGGUUAAAAGGCCAUGUUUCAGACAUAGACCAGGAUCCUGACAUAGACCAGGAUCCCCUAAAACCAGACUUAGACCAGGAUACCCUAAAACCUGACAUAGACCAGGAUACUCUAAAAACUGACAUAGACCAGGAUAAUCUAAAACCUGACAUAGACCAGGAUACCCUAAAACCUGACAUAGACCAGGAUCCCCUAAAACCAGACAUAGACCAGGAUAC